GCGGCUCUCACGGACAGCGGGGGUCACACCCGCUGUGAAUCUGGAUCGAGCCACCGGAGCCCUUUGGCGUGGUGGAUUCCGAGUCAAGAGCGGGGCCGCCCGGUUACUGUUCUCGGGCGAUCUGGGCCAUUCGCUUCGGUGUGCGGAGCCAGUUUGCACACCGGUCCCGAGAGUAGCCCGGAUCCGGGCGGACGCAAGAGAAUCCCAACGCGCGCCCUACUUCUGGGCCACGGGUGGAAGCGGCGGUGGGCCGGUGGCCGUUCGAACUCCGGCUCGGCUUCCCUGAGCACCGAGAGACCAUCUCGGUUGUCCCCGGGGAUCCGGCUGGAGUUCAGAAGGCGAGGGUGGCGGCUAGCGAACCGGUCAGGUCGGAAGCGAAUCCGCCGGGCUGUCUAGAUGGUCCGGUCUUAGCACGGAAUCGUUCCGGGGAACGGAAUAAGCAGGAUCUUCCGAGGAAAUUAGGGAGAGUCUGGCGGUUAACGAAUCCUCGGUCUUAAAUUUCAGGUCAAGCGAUAAGGGACCCGACGGGAAAUGAGCAGCGGAUAACAAGGAGGCCUGUUUAUGAGGCUGAAUCUUGAGGAGGACAUUCUGGAUUAAAAAUUGGGUUGGGUCAGAGCAGCCCUCCAGGUGGGACACACUCUGAAAAUUACAAAUCUGACUGCUCGCUACCUGAAUGGUCGCAGUCCCAAGCGGGGAACUCCGAUCUGAAAACUAACGGCGCGGGCGGCGGAGUUGUAACUUACGAUCCGAGUGUGGUCUUUCCCAGAUCCCUAGUGCGUUUAAGUGGCCGUCUUGCCCCGUCUACCAACUCGGGCGAGUUUUCCUUCCCAGGCGCUUUGAAACGAGCGCUUGGCAGAGCACACGACCCGUGUUUGUACAUUCCCCGGUUCGCGCACAUGCUCGAGUUCGGAGACAAGAACCACGAAGUGUCGAUGACGGCGCUGAGGCUGCUGCAGCGGAUGAAGAGAGACUGGAUGCACACGGGCCGGCGGCCCUCGGGGCUCUGCGGAGCAGCGCUUCUAGUUGCAGCCAGAAUGCACGAUUUCCGCCGAACCGUGAAAGAGGUCAUCAGAGUGGUUAAAGUCUGCGAAUCCACGUUACGGAAAAGGCUCACCGAAUUUGAAGACACUCCCACCAGCCAGCUGACCAUCGAUGAGUUCAUGAAAAUCGAUCUGGAAGGAGAGUGCGAUCCCCCUUCCUUUACGGCGGGGCAACGGAAGUUAAAGAUUAAACAGCUCGAGCAGGCCCUGUCAAAAAAACUCGAGGACGUCGAGGACGUCGAAGGUGAAAUCUCGAGCUACCAGGACGAGAUCGAGAUCGAAUUAGAGAACAGCAGGCCGAAGGUGAAGGGAGCCCUCGCCAGUUACGCCAAAGACAAUUCCGUCGACGAUAAUACCGCCAUCAUCUUCGGCGAGGAGGAGGCCGAGGACGAAGAGCUGGAAGCGGCCGCCAACCACCUGAAUAAGGACUUUUACAGCGAGCUCCUCGACCGAGACAGACUGAACCACGAAGGGGAUCCGGAGCCCGGGCCGGCCGAGCCGGUGCGGCCUCCGGCCCUGGAGUGUCUGCUGGGCCCGCUCCCCACCGCCGCCAGUCUGGGCAUCACCGAGUCCAUAAAAGAAUGCAUCUCCGCCAAGGAGCGCGACCCCAAUGAAAAUUCAGGAGACGGUGAGUUAGAUCUCAGCGGAAUCGACGACAGUGAAAUAGACAGGUACAUCCUCAACGACAACGAAGCCCAGAUAAAAGCGGAGCUGUGGAUGAAGGAAAACGCUGAGUAUCUCAAGGAGCAAAAGGAAAAAGAAGCGAGGAUAGCAAAAGAGAAGGAGCUUGGCAUUUAUAAGGAGCACAAGCCCAAGAAGUCUUCCAAAAAACGGGAGCCGAUUCAGGCCAGCACGGCCGGAGAGGCGAUCGAAAAGAUGCUGGAACAGAAGAAGAUCUCCAGUAAAAUUAAUUACAACGUGCUCAAGGACCUGAACAGCAAAGGGAGCAGCACACCCAAGCGAGAGGUCGAGGGCCCCGAAGAGGACAGCGGCAGCACCAAGAGGUUGUCGAGGAGAAAAGCCAUCCCCAGCAGGACGACGGCCGAGCCCCUGAGCAGCCUGGGAAAAAGAUUGAGGCCUCUCCUGUCUACGCAUCCGGCGAAGAAGGCUGCAGUUGGAGAGGCACCUGCCCCGGGUUCGCUGGGAGCGGUUCCGGAGCCCAAGCCAGCCAAUGUCGUGGUGGAGAGCGGGCCCGUGUCCUAUAAUCACGAAGACGACGUGGCGGAGGAAGAGGAGGCCGAAGAGGAUGACGAUCACUGCGUGAGCGCCCUCCAGCUAAUGGGAGGAAAUGAUUACGGCUGCGAGAUAGACGACGACGAUUUCUGAAGGGCCCCGCUACGACCUGGCCGUUGGACCGACCCUGGGAUCUGAGUCGGCUGGCGCGUCGGAGAGACCCUUGGGGGCCCCCUCCGGCCUCCUGGUCGGCGUGAACAAUCCUGACCUUUAAGAUGGGCUCCCGAGGCUGUACCGUGACCCAUCCCAUCUGCACUGGCCCCACCUCCCCCACCCCCGGGACCAUGGUCAGGUUCCGGGGGCAGACCUUGGAUUUUGGGAUCAUGUUUGGAGAAACGCAAGUGAUCAUUUCUAAAGCAGAGAGGGCGGUCUCUCUCUCUCUCUCUCUCUCUCUGUCACUCACUCACUCUCUCUCCGUGUGUGUUCCCAUCUGAUGGAGAAGAUGGUUUGUAAGUUCCCCCCGGGCUAGCAUCUCGCUGCCGCUGGAUUGAGCAGCUCUGCCCCACUGGCCGGCACGGAAGGAAGGUAGACUUUCCGUUCGGCCUCUGGCCUGUACAAAACGCAAUGUCUUGCGAGGCCAAAGUGAGCAUACCUCUCUACACUAAACCUCAAAGAAUCCAGAGCCCGGACUUCCCGGCACGGGACCGGGCUGGGCUCCAUUCUCCGGGCCUUUCUUUGCCACCCCUGGACGGGGGAGAGCGUGGGGGUGCCGGCGCAGAGACACUGGACCGCCCCGCUCCGCCCCGCAGGAUCCGGGGGGCCGAGUGCCAUCGGAGUGGCAGAAGCUGGAACGGAGCCGUUUGAUGGCGUGUCGGUCGUCACCCGCAGCCCGAGGGGCGAGCCAACUGAAACCCCGACCCGGUGCUCGCUCACUCGGGCUGCGUCCUGGGGGCUCUGGAUCGACAGGAAACACGGACGGCGAGCAAGACUCGGCUCGUCUCCCCGUCCGGGCCCUGCCCUCUCCCUCCCGCCAUCCCCUCCCUUCUGAAUCUCGUCUCUCUAGUGGUUUGUCCCAUAGCAGGUGCUUAAUAAAUGCCGUAAUGACUGAAACA